AUGUCUGGUAACGCUGGCAUUAUUCCACGUUCUUUGAGGAUUGUUGCCACUGCCGUUACCGUUACUGCGGCCACUCUCAUGCUUCAGGCACAUCAAACAGCACUUUAUUUAGAUGCUCCUGUAGUAGAUGUGACUUUUGGCGACUUAGCACCCUAUUGGUGCUUCGUAUUUGCAAAUUAUGUGCUUGCUGCUUACAGCUUUUUGCUCGCUUUUCUUCCAUCUGAAAGCAAAUUAUGGGGAUUCAUUGUUGCUUUGGAUGCGAUUUUGCUUGUGAUAUUCUCAUCAAGUUGCUCAGCAGCACUAGCAGUUGGAAUAAUGGAAAGGAAUGGGAACUUUCAUGCUGGUUGGAACUCCAUGUAUCCCUCAGUUCCAUAUUACUGCUUCAGAGUGUUACUUUCUGUUAGUGUUGGCUUUGUUGGCGUGGUGAUUUACAUGAUCCUGCAUUUGAUAUCUAUUCAAGCUGCACUUAAUUCCAUGCUCCUGUAA